GGUAACCAUAGAACGCUGCAAUCCUAGAGAGGCCAAAACCUGGCACGGGCGAAAGCGUCCUUACCGGAAGUGCGAUUGGCACCGCUCUGGGCGCGCUCCUCUCUGGCUUCGGCGACGGGAUGCCGCGGCUGCGGCGGGAUGGCGGAAGGCGGCGGCGCGUCGCCUCCCGACUCGGGCGGUCUCUGGCAGCAGAUCCUGAGUCUCCGCUUGACCCCGCGGACGGGCAACGUCACCACCGGCGCCUGCGCCGCCGCGCUUUGCCACUUCUCAGAGAUGUGGUAUGGAGUCUUCCUGUGGGCACUGGCAUCGUCUCUCUUCUUCCACAUCCCUGCAGGACUGCUGGCUCUUUUCACUCUCCGGAGGCACCGAUACGGCAGGUUCAUGCCAGUGAGCAUCUUGCUGAUGGGCCUCGUUGGGCCAUUAGCUGCCGGGACCUUAACAAGUGCUGCGAUUGCCGGGGUCUACCGAGCUGCUGGGAAGAAGAUGAUCCCCUUUGAGGCUCUGACUUGGGGAGUGGGCCAGACCUUCUGCGUGGUGGUGAUUUCCUUCUUACGGAUUUUGGCUACUCUUUAGCCCCUUCCCCCUUGGCCCUGGAAGACCACCCGGAGGGGUGUCGCUUGGGAAUCAUGGACCAGGAGAUUCAAAAGCAUGAGAAUCACCACAAAGUAGUUCUGUGCAAUACCUUUCAAAAGCAAGAGAGCUUUGCAACAGCUUCGCUUAGCUGAGGUUGACCUGUUCAGAAGAAACCUUGUCCUGGAUUGAGGCAGCUGGUCUCCCUGAAGGACCUCCCUCAUCUAAGGCCAGACAGCCAAAGACAGUCAAGAGAGUUGUGGGUCCUUCUGCACAUCAUCAUCCCAGCACUGACUUGGCUGCUUUCAAUGUCUGCACUGGAUUGUCCUCGGGCUGAGAAUAAGAAGCGGAUGACCCACAGGGAAAUGUGAAAACGUUCACACUCACCCGUUGGUGAACAAGCGUUCAGGCUCUGGGUCUGUGUUUAUAAUUUGUGACAUUUUUGUAACCUGAAGUGCCAACCUGAGCGUUUCUGGGGUUUUGUUUUAAGUAUGCAUAUCUGGUUUAGGUCAGGGGAGUGAUGCUGAUUUGAGUCCAGAGAACAAAGGACAUGGCGAGAACGUUUGGUGUUACCUGAAACAACUUGGCUGAGUGGGGUUCCUACUGGGGGGAGGGGGCUUCACCCUGAUGGUUUGAAGCCUUUCCUAGGGAAGAAGGGGAAGGGGAGGCAGCCCCAAUUAGCCGCAUCAACCUGCCCCCUCCGAUGGGAAGCAUUCAGCCUCCCUGUUCAUGCUGAGACUAAGAAGGAAAGUUCUUCACUGCUACCUCAAGCGCGCAGGACGUAUUUACAGUGUGAUUCUGGGAGCAGGUUUAUUGCAGGGGACGGAGGAGUGGAGGCGAGACCCAGAUGUGCACUUUGAAAGCUGGGAGGCUCUUUUAAUUGGCAUCUGGAGGACUCGCAGAGAAACCUUGGGAAAUGUACAAGAGGGAGGGAAUGAAGGGACUGCCCUUUUGGAUGUGCUUGUCUAGGAAUCCUCCAUUCCCUGCAGGCAGAGGCUCAGAUUGCUUUGGGAACCCCUUAAGUGCCUGGGCAACAUUGCCCUCCUUCCUGGGAUCAGUCUUGGAUCCCAUCAGUGCCCUCUCUCAGGGGCAGCCACACACUGCUACCCAGGAGCUCACCAGUCUGCCUCACGGAGGUAGACACCAGACUAUUUACCCCCAGGGCAUGACAGGAUUCAUUUGCUGGGAGGGAGGGAGGACAUGUCCUUUAGUGCUUCCUCAUUUAUCAGGAAUUUGACACCAUCCCUCCCUCCCUGAAAGGUCCCAUUCCUCCCCACCUCAAUUCUUCUGGAGUCUCCUGGAUGAUUAUCGGGGUGGCUUCUGAAACCUAUUUUCCUCUGAGCUUGAUUAAUCCUUUUUUUAAAGAAAUAAGUGCUCUGGGUCACAGGCAGGCCACCUGCAAGCGGUCUUCCCCCCCCCCUCCGUUUUUAUCACUGCAAAGCAUUCUUCCAAUUGCCAUGGUCAAAAAUGAGGAGCAUGUGUGUGUGUGGGUGCUUUUUUUACCAUUUUAAGAAAGGACACAUGCAAAAAAUGUGAUUUGUAUCUUAAAAUAGGCUUAGCACAGCUGAAAAGCACACCCCAGGCACGCUCGCCUCUGCUCAUAGGUGAUAUGGCUCUUCCUGCUUUGUGAUACUCCCACUCCCUGUGCCCCUCCCCUAUUUUAAGUGCAUCUUACAGCUCUUGAAAGGUUGCCCCAUCAAUAACAUUUUAAACGGCCAAGGCUUAAAAAUAUGCGAUUGUUCUCGUUUUUUAAUGUAUUGAUCAUGAUUAAGUGGCCAGAAUUUCAGAAAACAUCGUGAUCACUCAAGCUCCUGUAGCUUUCGAUGCUUAGGAAUGAGCUGGUGGAACGUGAUCACCCCAGUUCGAUUAUCUUCCUUCCUUGGGCAAAUUGCUCCCUUGGCCCUCUUAUUUUAUACUUUUCACUUUACUUUUGCCAGGCCUUUCUAACCUGCUUCUUGAGGCAGAUGCUUGGACGAGGCUUGUCCUUUUUCCUCUGCCUCCUGAAUUCACUUGUUUGCACUCGGUGGUUGGAAUCCUGGCUUUAGUGAGCAGGGAAGACAAAAGGAUCAACCCAGUCAGGAAGAAUUAAAUCUGCAAGCUCAUUAUGACCCAGCAGCAGAGAGUUUGGUGAAACUUGAAAAAAUAAGCUCUCAACUCAUCCAAAUGUAAGAACAGGACUGGAUGUUCUGUUAACUGCCUUGACCAAAUAUCGCCACUCGCGAACACGUUGACUUGCAAUGGAAGAAGGGCCACGCCCCCUUCGUGCAGUGGAGAGGCUUGUUAGGAGCCCCCACAAACUGGGUUUGAAGGAGGGGCUGAGGGACUCCUUCCUGGCAGCAAUUUCCUUUGCAUUUUAACCCUUCUUGUCAGCAAAUGCCCACCACGUUUGUUUGCAUGCCACCGACCGCUGCAGCAUAUGCAAAUCAAUCUUUGUACAGAGGGAGCCUAAAUCUCCCAAUACUGGUUUUUAUUUUUCUACUGAGGUUUCUGAUUCUAGUGUUGGUAUUUUGGCUAAUAAAAUCCCAGCUAAAUCUUGUGAA